AAAACCCAACCAAGCCUUCAGCCUUCAACUCAAAGCAUCUUUCUUCUUCUUCUUCUCUUGUCUAAAGUACUUACAGAAUCACAAGCAAAAAAAAUAUGAGGAGGAACUGCAACUUGGAGCUUCGACUCGUACCUUUUUCAGUCACUGAUCUUAAUUCUGACCCCUACCCUAUUCGCCACCAUCACAACUCCAUGAAAAUGGAAGAGUACUCGAAUAGUAUUAGUCCAACUAAUAAUGCGAUCAUGAGCAGCAGUGGAUUAAGUACUCCAAAUCAAAAUCAGCCACUUACCAUCUUCUACAAUGGAAAGAUUUGCGUUUGUGAUGUAACUGAGUUUCAGGCUAGAGCUAUUAUUCUUCUUGCGAGUAGAGAAAUGGAAGAUAGGCUGAAGACACCAACGGCGGCGAUGGCGACGACGCCGGUGUCGGAGCCAUGCUCGCCGAGCGUUCAGUCACCGAUUUACAGCCCAACAGCGGCUCUUUCGAUGAAGAGAUCACUCCAAAGAUUUCUCCAAAAACGCAAGCACAGAGCUCAAGCCACCUCCCCUUACCAUCGCUAGAAUUUGAUCACUAUUACUAGCUUGUCAUAAAAUUGGGGUCUUUUCUUGUAACAAUUUUCUUAGAUGAUACACAACUUUUUUUUUAUUAUUAAUUUUUUUUUCUUUUAUGAGGGCUUCUCUUGUAAAUUAGUCUCUCCAUGAAUUAUAUAAAAUUUUCAAUUUUUAGA